UCUAAGAACUAGAGCCAGAUGUACACAUACCCACAAUUGACAAUCUGCUCUUUAACCACUUCAAACAUGAACAGUCAGCAAAGUAGCCUCCAAAAGGACUCCGGUGAAUAAUGACUCAAACUAAGUUUACUAAAAUGUGUAUUGUUUUACACAUCACAGCUCAUAGCCAGAUGAAAAAGAAAACAUGGCAUUUGAAAAUGAACGUGACAUGGAAUAUACCCCAUCUUGGCCAAUGACAGACUCAUCAUUAGGUAGAUUAGGCAAGUGCCUCCAUCCUCAUCUCAUCAGGGCACAAUUAACAUGUAUUGUGUAUGUCAUGUUCUCAUAAAGAUUAUAUAUAAAAAUAUAAAAAAGGAAUGCAUAAUAAUACAUAUACCAUGUUAUCAUUAGUUUCGUGAAAUCCUUUUCAAUUAUGUAAAAAAAAUUACUACACAUGUUUUGCAAGAGGGGAAAGUACAAAUUAUCGCAGGACCAACUCCACAUAAGGGAAUAUUUAUGAGAACAGCUGUGGCAGGAAAGCUGCAAUACAAACACAGACUAAAGGAUCCGCCCACUUCCAAGCAGUGACAAGGAGUGCCCUGUCCAUGUGAUUGGACAAGGAGAGCAUCAGUAAGAGUGAUAGUGCUUAGAGCACAACAGACCAGUUGAACCACUAGGCCUGGGAUCUGACUUCAUGUCCUUCCAUUCUGGCACAGAGCAGGAAGUAUUCAUGGAGAUGUCUGCGCCGCCUCGAUGCUGCAUCUGUUUAGACCACUUCACCAGUCCGGUCAGCAUCCCCUGUGGCCACCGCUUUUGCCUGAGCUGCAUCGGGGAGUACUGGAGGCAAUGUGACUCCAAGUGUCCACUAUGUAUGACUCGCUUCCCUGUCAGGCCGCAGUUGAACACGGAGCAAACCGUACAUACUGGCGCCCCAUGUGACAACAAUGGUAGUGAUCCAAAGAGCGGAGAACUGCAACAGCUUCAAACAGAGCAGACCCAACACACAGGGGCCCGGUGGCAGGAGAACCCAGACCCACUGAGAGCUGGCGAGGUGCCCUGCAAUGACUGUCCAGAAAAGCGUCGGCGAGCGUCGAAGUCCUGCCUCGUGUGCCUGAAAUCUUACUGCGAGCCCCACCUGGAGCCCCAUUACAGGGACACGAUUCUAGGACGCCACCCGCUGGUCACUGUGUGGAAGAACCUGGAGGACCCUGUCUGCAGGCUUCAUGGGAGGCAGUUGGAGAAGUUUUGUCGGAGUGAUCAGACCUUAGUAUGUGCUACGUGUACCCAGACUGAUCACAGGGGCCAUCGGCUGGUCACCAUCACCAAGGAAGCGAUAAAAAGGAAGAAUAAGUUAAAAAAGUCAUUGAUAAAGGUUCAACAGAUGAUCCAAGAGAAAACUAAGAAGGUGGAGGACAUCCAGCUUUCAGUGGCGAUCGUUGACGGAGCUGAGAAGAAGACAGCUGCAGAGAAGCAAGCAGAAGGUCUCAUCAAAAACCUGGAGCAGGAAAUCGUCGAGCUGAAGACAAGAAGCUCUGAGCUGGAGCAGCUCUCACACACUGAUGACCAUCUCCAUCUCUUACAGCGGUUCCCGUCACUGUCCUCCCCUCUACAUACUAAAGACUGGUCACAUGUCCUCAAGUCUCUGCUCCAUGAACUUCAGGAGAAACUGGAAAUACCAUCCAGAGACCCAAAACUACAACAAAGGAAAAGGAAGCGAACCCAGAGAGAUAAAACACUUAUUGAGCCAAGGGUGAAUCAAGAUCACAUCAGCUGGAAGUAUAUCACUCUAUCAGACAUGGCCGUCGCUUCCUCAUCUUCUGUCUCCAUGGACACCCCUGUUGUGAUUGCAAACCAUCUCAUGUGCUCUAUCUGCCUGGGACUGUUUGAGGACCCCGUCACAACACCCUGUGGCCACACCUUCUGUCAGACCUGCCUGGACCGAAACCUCCAAAUUAACGACCUCGUAUGCCCCCUGUGCAAGGGGCACCUGGGGAGGAGCCCAAAGGUAAACAUCAUUCUCAGGACCCUGAUUGAAGAACUGAAGAAGGCCAAUGAUAUGGACCCUGGGGAAUAUUCCGGAGCUCAGGGGGACGUGGCCUGUGACAUCUGCACCAAGAGGAAGCUUAAAGCCCAUAAGUCCUGUCUGGUGUGUCUGGCAUCAUACUGUCAGACUCACCUGAGACCCCACAACUCUGUAAAACGUCUGAAGGGCCACAGGUUGGUGGCUCCGGUCGAGGACCUGGAUGGGAGGGCAUGUCUGACCCACGGCCGACCCCUGGAGCUGUACAGCAGGGCGGAGGGGCGUUGUGUCUGUGCCCUCUGUGUGGACGAGGGCUGCGAAGUCGUCUCAGCAGAAAUGGAGUGGGAACAGAAGAAGGGUGAGCUGGGCAGCACUAAAGCAGAAAUGCAGGAGAAGAUCCUAGAGAGGCAAGGCAAGGCAGAGGAGAUCCGGGUGUCCGUGGAGCAAUGCAAGGUCCAAAUUAACAGGGAGAGAAGGGAGAUUGACACUGUGUUUGAGACCCUGGUGGUGGCUGUAAAGGAGGCUCAGAAAGCAGCUGUCAGACCGCUGGAAGAAAGACAGCUGGUUUUGGAGAGAGAGGCAGCGGAACUCACCCGGGAGCUGGAGAGAGAGAUCAGAAGACUGAAAGAUAUGACUGCACACAUGGAGGACAUUGCCCACCUGGAGGAUCACAUUCACUUUCUGCAGACUUUCCCAUCCUUACCAAGACAGGGUGAAAUGCGGGAUUGGACCCGUGUCUCUGUUGAUACCACACUUUCUUUUGGAACCAUGAGGAGCAGCUGGAGUGCCAUGUUGGAGAAAAUUAAGCAGGAGCUGGAGACGCUGUCCUCAAUUGAACUUGAGAGAAUACAGAAGUUUGAAGUUGAUGUGACACUGGAUCCAGACACGGCAAACCAACAGCUGAUCGUCUCUGAGGACAGGAAACAAGUAAAAGACGGAGGAAAGAUCCAGGACCUUCCCGAUCGUCCAGAUCGCUUUGAUCCCUUUGGCAGCAUCCUGGGGAACAACAAGCUGAACUCUGGGAGAUCAUACUGGGAGGUGGAUGUCGGGAACAAAACCGGCUGGGAUGUGGGAAUAGCAAGAGGAGAUGCUAACAGAAAGGGAAAACUCUCUGUGAAUCCUUCUAAUGGUUUCUGGGCUAUAGUGCAUUAUAAAGGGGACCAGUAUGCAGCCUUGCAGGACCCCCCUUUACUGUUGUCACUGAGAGGAAAGCCCCAGAGGGUGGGAGUCUUUCUGGAUUAUGAGGAAGGGUUGGUGUCUUUUUAUGAUGUGGACGCCAAAGCUCACAUUCAUUCUUUCACCGGAUGUUCCUUCAGUGGAGAGAUAUGUCCAUAUCUCAGUCCACAUCUUCUGAACGGGGAUCAGAACUCAGACCCACUCGUCAUCACCUAAACUGGCAUUGUUCAGGCUUAAAGGUCAAAUUGAAUUAUUACUUUGUGUUGGGUUAGUAUAAAUGUGACCAAAUAGUCAAUACAAUCAGAUACAAAUAUAUAUUUUUUUCAUGUUGUUAUAACUUGGUGGAAAUAGAUUAACUACAAUGUUGUUGUCACAUUCUGGGACUCUGUCGUGCCAGUGAAUCCAACGCCCUCUCCCCUUCACUUCAUCACAGCCGUGCCAGUGAAUCCAACGCCCUCUCCCCCU